AAGCCCGCCAAAUCUUUGCCGACAUCCCGACAUGUGUACUUUUGGAGUAGUUCAAUGAGAAGCAAAGAUCGCUGCAAGGAUGUUCAUAUUGGUUCAUAUGAUGUGAGAAGUGUCGAAUUCAUCUCGGAAUACUUUAAAGCUGAGAUUCCAUAGUUUUAUUCAUCUUUUGGUUCAAUGAUUGAGGAUUUUUAAUCUGCAAAGUACAAGAUGCCUUUAACAAUAAAACCUACUCGAUACGCUCAUCCCGAGGGUCAUACCGAUGUUUGUUACCAUAGCGGUGACAAAGGUGGUCUAGUGACAUGUGGAGCUGAUGGCGAUGUACGAUACUGGUUGAAUUUAAUGGACGAUGAUCCUUCAUCGAGCUGCAUAGCUGAACAAGCCACUGCCAUUGUUUCCAAGAAUGGAAAAUUGUACGCUGGAAAUGACAAUAACACAGUCCAGAUUCUCUCGUUUCCAGACCUUGAGAAAGAAGGUGUUGUUACCAGAUUUUCAGCUGCCGUUACAGCGCUGGCCACUACAAAAAAUAGCAAGUUGAUAGUCUCCGGUGCAUGCGACAUGAGGAUUCAAGUGACUAAUAUUGAAAGUUUAGAAACUACAGAACUAAGCGGACACGAAGCUCCCAUAUUAGCUUUAUCUCUCGAUCCCAUGGACGAAUUCGUAGCGUCGUCCAGUGCCGACGGUUCGAUCAGGAUAUGGAGCAUAAAGGAAAAAAAAUCAGUGCACACUUGGAACAAUGUAGUGCCCAAAUGCAAUUCUUUUUUCACAGCCAAAUCAUACUGUUCCCCGUCUUUUAAUCCCAAAGAUGGUUCAACCGUUGCUUAUCCACACGGCAAAGAAAUAAUAAUUGUCUUUCGGAAUUCUUGGAAAGAAAAAUGUCACUUGCAGUCUCCGGAACUGCGAACGGAUUUGAGUUUAUGUAAAUAUUCCGAGUGCGGAACUCGCAUAGCUGGCAGUUCCGUACAUGGUGAAAUAGUUGUAUGGGACGUGGAGAGCGGUGAGACGAUAGGAUAUGUGGAACACCAUCAAAAUCCAAAGAUCACGUCACUUGCUUGGCAUUUAGAAAAACCUCAUGAAUUAGCUUUCUGCGAUAGUCUCGGACAAUUAGGUUGUGUCGACGUUGUGGGACGUGAAAAAUCUAUGGACGAUUUUGUAACUGGGUUUCGAAAAGGUCAGGAUGUAAUGGACGAUUUCGAAAUCGGAGGUGAUAAUCAUUCGAACGGAGCCAUGAGUGAUUUGGAGCACGACGACGAAGACGAUGAUGGCGAGAAUGUGAUAUCAUUGAACAAAAUUAAAAAAUCGUUAACAGUGGGCGACGACGAUGCCAAAAGCCACUCGGACAUUGCGAGCGCUAUUCGUCUGGACGACGCUAGGAACUUGUUGCCUAAAAUUAAUUUACAAGAACCAUUCCAACCGGGUUCGUCGCCGGUUCAUCUCCUCUCACGUUUCAUGGUCUGGAACGAUACGGGAAUCGUCAAAUGCUAUAACUCGGAACAAGAUGAUGACUGCAGUAUCGAAGUCGAAUUCCACGACUCCUCAGUCCAUCAUUCCAUACACAUUAUUAAUUACUUGAGACAUACCAUGGCAGCUUUGUCGACGCAAGCUUUGGCACUAAGCUGUCCAUCAAAUGACGGAAUCCCCAGCAGACUCGUCGUCGUGGUUUUGCAGGGUUGGGGUUCUGGGAACAAGGAAUGGUUUGCCGAUUUGCCCGAAGGCGAAGAAUCUUUGUGCCUUGCAGUAGGCGACACGUUCGUGGCUUUGGCAACAUCGAGAAGAAAUUUGAGACUAUUCAUGAUCGGUGGUACACAAAGAGAAAUAAUCGCUUUGCCCGGAUCACCUGUAGCCAUGAAUGCAUUUGGAGGCCAUCUCGUGGUUGCGUAUCACACGGGAGUUGGAACCUCGGGCGAUCAGCAUAUGAAUCUCAUGUGGAUAAGAAUAAACGGGCCAAGUUUACGCAAUCAAACUCUCAGCGUUCCCCUCGCUCCCUCCACCCAAUUGUCCUGGAUUGGACUCACUGAACUCGCCUCUCCUACGAUCAUGGAUGAGGAAGGUCUCGUCAAAAUAUACGAUCGAAAAGCUUCGCUGUGGAGAGUGAUUUGUGACACCGAUCAGCAGUGCAAGGGUAAACUGGAUCACUUUUUCAUAGUCGGCGUGAGCGAAAAAGAGCGAAUGAUACGUUGUGUGCUGUGCAAGGGCAGUCAUUAUCCACCAACGACGCCUCGGCCAACUCUCAUGGAAAUACCCAUGACACUUCCUCUUUGCGAGCCGGAAUCGGAGAAAACAGGGAAGGAGUUAGUGCUAUGGCAGAUUGGCAGUAACCCGCACGAGGAGAACGAAGCAGUUCUUUCCCUCAUCGCUCUGGCCUGUCGCAGCAACGUCGAGUACCGUGCGAUCGACAUCUGCGAACAAAUUGCCUCGGAGAAAGUAUUGGAGCUCGCGAUUAAGUAUGCUGGCAGGAUUCAGCGCAUGGCACUUGCCAGCAAAAUUGAAACGAUCGCCGAUAAAAAGGAAGAGGACAGUCGGAGCAAUUUGCCGAACGACGAAGACAUUCAGUUGGCGAAUCACAACGAUGAAAUUGAAAGUGUCGAUACUCAAGAGGACAUCAUGUUAACGCCGACGACCAAAUCGAAGUCCGACGUCGUUAUCAAGCCAAUGUCGUUCAGCGCUAAACGGAGCAAUCCGUUUCGCAAAGGCGGCCCUUCGCCGGCCUCCAAAGGUUUAGUGAGCAUGAAUUUAAUGCCGGAAAAAGCCUCCAAAUCAACGCCCCCGAGUUUGCCGUCGAAGCCGGUGCAGCGAAAAACGAGCGGGAAAAAGAAUGAAAGUUUUCUCGCCUGGUUGGCGAAAAACAAGUCAGAUUUGCACGAGGAAUUUCCGGAUCUAAACAACCUUGAUUUCUCGAAAGCUGCAUUAGCCCGAUACCAAGAAGAAACCCGUGACAAAGUUGAGGAUGCGGAAGAGCUGAAAAAACGCAAGUUAUCGAGUCCUGAUUCCGAGGACAGCCAGAAAAAACGACCAGCAACCAACAAAUUAGCGCAAUUUCUUUGUGACAAAUGAUCAAAUAGUUUUUUUAUGUCUAACAUUAUUUAUUUUUGGAAUAUUAUAAUAAAAUUAAUUUAACAUUUUUUAUGUUUUGCCGCAUAUGAAAUUCACACUUUAUGUGACAUUAAAAAUAUUCGUCUUUUAAUAGAA